CCCGCAGCUCUGAGCAGCAGGCCAGAAGCUGAGGGGCGGGGCUGACUUUCACUGACAGUCCGGAUCGGCCAAUCAAAAGCAAGAAACGAACCUGGCCCUUCCGAGUCGGUUGGCAGUUCGUUGCCUUAGCAACGGCGUCUGGCGGACGGCCUGUGAGUGAGGAGGGGCCGGGCGGGGAGGGAGCGGCUCGGCCCGCUCACCAUGGGGACCAUUAGGGUCUAUUACACCAGCGUCACCGGAUCCAGGCAGGUGAAGCAGAAACAGGCAGAAGUUACUCGAAUUUUGGACAUUAACAAAACAAAGUAUGAGUUAAUAGAUGUAUCCAUCAGUGAACAUCUGCUUCAAGAGAUGAGGGCAAAGGCUGGUAAUCCUAAUGCAGUACCUCCUCAGAUAUUCAAUGGUGAUGACUACUGCGGAGACUUUGAGAUGUUAUAUGAAGCAACUGAAAAUGAAGAAGUUUGGAAGUUUCUGAAGAUGGCAUCAAUAGACAAGCCUGCAAGAGAGGAAAUUACUGUCUAACUGGUGUAUCCAGAUCUGAACUCCAACAAUUCUUUAGGAACCAAAUCUACUAAAUAUAUUUAUUUCUUAAUUGUUUUGUUCAUUAUUCAGGGUAAAUAAAUCUUAUGUAUUUUUGUGUUUUAAUAUUAAAAUAUAGUAGAUUCAGGUCUUCUUUGAUAGACUACACAUUGUACCAUUCAAAAGCAGUUUUUCAACCAAACUAGAAGAUAGAUGUCCUAAAGGCUUCUAAACCUCUUUUGUUCUGAAAGCCAACUUACAUUGUUUUCCAUGUUUCUCAGGGGUCUUUUAUUAAACAAAGUAGUUCAUACAUAUCUUCUUUAGACCUUUGGCAUGAGGCGAUCUUUUUUUCUAAUACAGCAUACGUAGAAAGAUUAUAUUGUUAUAUUCAUUGAGCAGUUUUAUUUAUGUGGGACAUUCAAUAAAAGGUAAUGAGUAUAGUAAUAAUUGUUUUUGGUUUAACUGCAAUUCUUUUCUAUUGGUAGUACUACCUCAUAUCAUCUUUCUUCCACCAUGGGACAAUACUGCAUCCUACUAUUACGACACCUAGAAUUACUUUCAUAUUCUAGAUAUUCCCUUUCUUGGAAAACAUUAGUCUCACUCGUUGAAGCUGUUCCACUGUGGAUAGAUGAUGAGUGAUUGGAGCAGGGGGACUGGAGCUGGGGUCUCCUACCUCCCAUGUAUGUGCCCUAACCACUAAACCACAAGGUCAUUCUCUCCUCCCGCACUUGCUCUCUGGUCCAGUGCCUAUUUAAGUACAUAUCCAGAGUGGAACAGUCAUUGAACCAGAGAGAGAGAGAAUGACUCUGUAGUGCAGUGAGUUUAAGUGCCAGCUGGGUUUGUCAGGAGCUUUGUGGAUCACAGCAGAACCAAACCUGUGACUUUAUCUCAAACUUGAAAGGGGUGUGGGCAUGAGGCCACAAAUGCAGAGCCAGCUGUAGUGGAAUUUAACAGGCAUGGUGUUGAAUCCUUAUGAAGAGCCUUUCCAUUAAGUAUUUUAGGUAAAGAGGCUUUAA